AUGGCUGACAAGCAAACUGGCCCUAUCCAUGAACACGAGAGCUUCUUCGACAGGAUCCUUCAUCGCCACAAGAACGAGGACAAGCACGAACAAGAACAUGAGCAUGAAGCCAAGGAUCCUUCUAAUGGUCAAAAAGAGGGUGAAAUGGACAAGAUGAAGGACCGCAUGAAGAAGGAUAAUGCCAAGUUCAAGGAUUACAUGCAGAAGGAAGGAGAGCUGGAAGCUCAGGGCGAAACAUACGAUCAUCUGAUGUAG